AUGGAGGACAGAACAGCAGCAGCAAUAGAACCCAUAGAAGAUAAGACCUUCGGGUCUGGGUUUAAACUCCUCGGGGUCGACCGAUCGUACAAUCACGUCAAUGCACCCGAGGCGAUACCAAACGUCCCAAGCGACAGGUGGAGUGCAGCCCCGACGGGCUUGGAGUUAUACCAGGCCGAGGUACCAGAGAGUGAAAAAAUAGCAGGAGUUUAUCGUCCGAGAUCAACGCUGGAUGAUGCCUCGUCGUACCCAGAGGUAGUCAGCGGACCCUCGCCUGUCCCAACUCAAUACACAUCAUCCUUUUCGACGGAGACAUACAAAAAGGCGGAGGCAAACCCAGAACCAGAAAGACAGUCGCUGUGGAAAUUGCCGUGGUGGCGACGAAGGAGAUGCAUGAUUAUUGCCGCUGCUGUGGGAGCUUUCAUCGUCAUCGCCACAGCUGUGGGCGUCGGCGUCGGCGUUCAUGUCUCUCGAAACCAACAUUAUUCGGACCCCCAAUCUGCAAACCCAAACAAAAACAACGGAGACGAAGGGGCGGUCAAACCCGAUAUCCCAACAGGCAAGAGCAUCUGCGCCAACGCACCAUGCCUCGAAGCCCUCGCCGCCGUGGUCGACGCGCCCGACGACCACCCCGAACAGGGCACAGUGCACCUUUUCGCUCGACGCCCGGCAGACGGCAUGCUGAUGCAAACCUCGUCCACCUCACCCGGCGUCUACCACAGCAAAAACUGGACUGACCGCGGCGGUCCCAUCGCCGGCCCCGGCCCCUCGGCCAUCAUCUGGCAGGCGCCCAAGUAUCCCAACGAAGUGCAGGGCGGAGGUGCAGUCGUGACUGUCCUGGGUAUCUCUGCAUCUGCCGCUUCGUCCGGUGACAUUUAUCUCCGGCACAUCGGGCGAGGCGGCGCCGGUACGAUGGGCAUACCUGUUUCAUUCAAGUCCCGGAUUGAGAUGCUCGGGGCGCCGGCGACGUGCGCCAUCCAGCAAGAGCAGCGGUUCGACUUUUGGCUACAGGCGCGCAACGAGUCCGACGCCGACGGGGCCGCGACCCUGUACCACCAGCUCUCGGCCAACGGGGCCUGGUUCUACGACGGCAGGUGGGAAACGGACGUGAUGCUGCAGGCAUCUUCCAGCAGGCCGGCGACCAUCGCGUCGCGGCCUGGCGUGCUGUGCCGCAACGGUCGCUGGAGGGCCUGGGAACAGCACUUGAUCGUAUACGACGGCGAGGGCGCCGCGUGGCACCGUCAGUGGAGUCAAGAGCCCGCUCCCUCGCAGUGGGGUCCUUGGAAGAACCUGGGGGGCAAAUACGCCAAGGGCACGUACCCGGUGCUCGUCGAGACCAGUGCCGGGACGUUCGGAUUCUUUGGACUCGGCAGCGACGAGCAGAUGUAUUCGAUGACGUGGACGUCAGCGCAGGGCUUUGGCGCUAGGAGUAGCCUCGGUGGGGGAGCCUUUGCCAGCGUGCCUGCUGCCGCGGUGAGUGUAGGGUUUGAAAGGGUGGACCUGGUUGCGGUUAGCAAGGAGGAUGGAAGGUUGAAGCAUAGGGCCAUUGGUAUCAGUGCUUCCAUGGAUGCUCAGUGGGAGGACCUUGGGAUUGCAUCAAACAGCGCCCCGACGCUGGCAAAUGUGGGAUCGGCAAAUAUAGAUAUUUUCACGACUGCCGUUGACGGGUCAAUAUGGUAUGCACCUGUGCGCGUGUCGGAUAUAGAGAGGAGCAGCUGGGGAAAUUUGACCUGGGCGCCUAUCCAGGGGCUGUAA